UACCACUUUGCUCCCACUCAUUUCCAUUUCCCUUUGGCGAGCGCAUUUGUGUGCCGCUUUCCUUAUGCUUGUCCUUGCGCUCUGCUGAUGGCCGUUUGAAAUGCAAGAUACCGACUCAACUACCGAUCUGAAUAGGUCAUUGAGCAUGUUCUCAGUCUUAACACUCACCAGCCCGCGCGGUUUGGGAUCCACAACACUGUCCAGACACGAGACCUUUCCAGCACGCCAGCUUGACCACGGGGUCAGCAAACAGCGAAACAGACCAGACUGGGUCGCUGCGCAGGUGCCGAAGAACCGUGGUCACCUCACCCUUGAGCUCGGGGAACGCAUCGGUAGUGGCAGGUCUGCUGAUGUGUACGUGGCGAAAGUUGUCACUGCCAUCCUUCGGGACGACGGUGCUCCUGGCGCUGAAAGUCCUCUCAGUUCGGAGCUCUGUGUCAAGGUAGCCCGACCGAACCGCUGUCGCUCGCUCGCUCGGGAGGCCUGGGUUUAUGAGCAGCUCGCCGAGCGCGCACUUCAAGGCGUCAUUACGCCCAAUUGCUAUGGGUUCUUCACCACCACAUUGGCUCCUGAACAGCUACCUUUUCCCCUCUGGUCCAAUGAAGACUCCGGCGUCGACGCGCGCCCCCGGGACAAAGAAAAUGAUGAUCCUACCCGCGACGAUAGCCUCUGUGACGACGUCACUUGGGAUAGGGACGAGUGCACAGGCUAUCCUCCAGGUGGCAGGGAGCUUUCGCCGUGGGUCGAUUGGCGCCCCGACCCCGACUCACCGUGUGUGUCCGCCCUCGUGAUGGCUCGCGGAGGGGCAAAAUACAGCGUGAAUGAGGAUGAAUGGGAUCAGUCUGUUCGAGGUCGUGCAGAUUCUCGACGAUUUGUCCGCCGGCUUUAUUAUCCAUCGUGAUCUCCGUCCAGCCAACAUCGUACGUGCUGCGACAGACACACGGAAGUGCGACAGACACGAUUGCGUGCACGAGUGGAACCUCAUCGACUUUGCCUGGUCGGUUGUUGAUGUGCCCAUCGGUCAUAAGAAAACAACGGAAGAUUUCGUUCGGAAGUUGCAGCAGGAAAAUUAUCGCAGUUCGUAUUUCUA